AUGGAUGCGGUUAAUAAAGCAAAGCGCACUGUUUUUAGAACUCAAACAACAAAAUUAAUCAACAAAAUUGAUGCCAAAUUUAGAGAAGGUAACAUAAAUGAAGAGGAUUUAGACCAAUUUUUGGCAGAAUUAGAUUUGAAAGAAAAAGAACUUAAUUGUCUCGACACUGAAAUUCAAAAAACGAUUGAUUUGAAAGAUUUAGAAGACGAAAUUUUAAAAUGCUAUGAAUACAACUCUAACAUAGUAAUUUGGCGAUCAAAAGUGAAACGUGCCAAAACAAAAUUUGAAGUUCCUUCCCAUUUCAUUGCGCCGACUGCGACGUUAAAUGGUUCAGAAACAGAACAAAGAAUUGUGAUUCGGGAAAAUGAAACUGCUCACAUUAAUCUACCGCGACUGAUUAUCGAUAAAUUUGAUGGUGAUCCAUCAGAUUGUCAAAGAUUCUGGGACCAAUAUGAGUCUGCAAUCCAUAAGAAUACCGAUAUUUCUAAUGUAGACAAAUUCAACUAUUUACGUUCAUAUUUGAAAGGGGCAGCUUCGAAUGCAAUUAAAGGAUUUAGCUUGACCAAUAAUAAUUAUCAAUCAGCUAUCGACACCUUAAAAGACCGUUUUGGCAAGAAAACCAUAGUUAUUAACUCUCAUUUGAAUAAGUUACUUAGCCUUAAUGCCGUAAAAAGAUCAAAUGAUGUUGUUUCCUUGCGUAAAUUAUUUGACACUUGUCAAACUGAAAUAAGAAAUUUGGAAUCGCUGGGAGUAACAGAAGAUAGCUAUGGAACCCUACUUUGUCCGAUUCUGAUCAGAUUACUGCCAAACGAUAUAGUAUUAGAGAUAACUAAAAAGUACACCAUAGAUGAUGAAUGGAAGGUUUCGGAAAUAAUGAAAAUUUUAAAAGCCGAAGUAAUAAGUCGGGAAAAGGCCGCAACUUUAAUUUCAAGUUCAAGUACGCAGAACGCUGAGCACUUCCCCCCUGUACAUAGUAAACGUGAUUCUCAAGAACUGUCUCACAAAACUAGCAAAAAUCGUCCUUCAACUGCGUCCGAAUUGUUGAACGAAACAAAAAUUAAGGGAGGUAAAUGUUUUUUCUGUGAAGAUGAUAAACAUUUAUUACGAGAUUGCAAAGAAUUUAAGAUGAAACAAAUGAGUCAAAAAAGAGAUUUUCUGAUGAAACUAGGUUGCUGUUUUAUUUGUUUUAAUAAAGGACAUUUAGCCAAUAAAUGUAGAAGCGUCAUAAAAUGCCGCAUCUGUUCAAGACGUCAUUAUGAGAUGAUGUGUCCCGAUAUUAAGAGAAGUGGAAUUAGGGAAAAUUCUGAAGAUAAUGACAGUGAACUAGAGAAAAAUGUUGAUGAUGUACAUUCUAUGACUUCCAAAGAGGUUAUCUUGCAAACUUUAGUUGUAAAGUUAAUUGGUAAAAAUGAAGAACGAAAUGUCCGUGCGGUUAUUGAUACAGGUUCACAGUUUUCAUACAUCUUGAAACCUACCGUUAUAGAAAUGGGAUUUAAAGUGCAAGGAGAAGAAGAACUUAGUCAUUCAUUAUUUGGUGGCGCAAAAACAAAAAUUGAGAAGCAUCGUUCUUAUAAAAUUCUUUUGGCAGAUCUGAAAGGCAGUUAUACUUGCAGUCUAGAUGUUUUAGAUCAAAACAUUAUUUGCAAUGACAUUCCAAGUAUAAGAAAGGGACCUUGGUUAAAGGAGCUGAAAAUGAAAGGCAUUCAUCUAACAGACGUUCAAAGAAACUUUGGACCGGUUGAAGUUCUUUUAGGUGCAGACGUUGCCGGAAAACUUUUCACAGGGAAACGUGAAGAAUUAGCUUCCGGUUUAGUUGCUCUACAUACUAAACUGGGAUGGACUUUGCUAGGGAAAGUUCCACAAAAUAAUUGUAAAAGAAAUUUUACUAUGAGUGCUACAACUAUGCUGUCCCAAAAUGAAGUGUCAGUAUCCAAGUUGUGGGAUUUACAAAUUAUCGGAAUAAGAGAUCCAAUUCAACAAAAUUCUAAAGAAGAUGCAUAUAAGGCAGUUAUGAAUUAUUUCCAAAAAACUGUGAAACAAAACGAAGACGGCAGAUACGAAGUAAAUUUACCGUGGAAGAUGGAUAAUGCCAUUCUACACGAUAAUUAUAAUCUAUCGUUGAAAAGACUUGAAUCUACUUGUAGAAAUUUAAACAAAAGAGGACUUCGAGAUAAAUAUGAUGAAGUUUUUGACGAAUGGAUUCAAGAAGGGAUAAUCGAAGAACUAUCAAAUUCUGAGAUAGACAUGCCAGCGCAUUACCUACCUCAUCGCCCGGUUAUUAAAGAAAAAGGUACGACCAAGAUUAGACCAGUGUUUGAUGCGUCUUCAAAAGGUCCCAACCAUCCCUCAUUAAAUGACUGUUUAGAAACAGGAAUAAAUUUAAUCGAAACUAUUCCUUCGAUUUUUGCAAGGUUUAGAGUAGGAAAAAUAGGGGUUGUUGCUGACAUUAAAAGGGCCUUUUUGCAGAUAUCAGUGAAUAAAGAAGACAGAGACUUUUUACGCUUUUUAUGGUAUAAUAAGAACAAUGAAUUAACCAUUUUUCGUCAUACGAGAGUAGUUUUCGGCGUUACCAGUAGCGCUUUUCUCUUGUCAGCGGUUCUAGACCACCAUUUAUACAGAACAUCAUUAAGUGAGAAGGAAACAAGAGUGAUUUCAGAAAAAUUAAUAAAUAGUUUUUAUGUAGAUAACUGUGUAACAAGUGUGCAUGAUAAAUUUGAGGCUCAUACUUUCAUAGAAGAGAGUACAAGAAUAAUGAAAGAAGGAAGAUUUGAGCUGAGGGGGUGGGAAACUACCGCUCUUGAUCCAUUUUCUUUACAAGAAGCUAAAUCUAACGUUCUGGGACUCGUCUGGGAUAAAAAUUGCGAUUCUUUAGAGAUUGAUCCUACAUGUCUUGAAUUUGAAGAAAAAGCACUUACAAAAAGGAAUCUCCUUUCUCUUGUGGGAAUAUUUUUUGAUCCCAUUGGUUUUCUAGCUCCAGUUUUGAUUCAACCUAAGCUUCUGCUUCAAGAAAUGUGGAAAACGAAGUUAUCAUGGGAUAUUGAAGCAAGUGAAGAUAAAAAGAAAAGAUUCUUGAAAUGGAAAAAAGACAUACCUCUUUUGCAAAAUAUUGAAAUUCCAAGAUGGUUAGGCAUUACACCAGAAAUAAAUAUUAGCUUCCACACAUUUGUAGAUGCAAGUCAAGUUGCUUAUGCCGCUUGUGUCUUCAUUAGAUGUGAAUAUUCAGGAAGAGGAGUCAGUGUUCAGCUUCUGCAAGCAAAGGCUAGAAUAACUCCCUUGAAGCCUAUCACUAUUCCUCGACUUGAGCUCAUGGCCGCAACCAUAGGAGCAAGACUUUAUGUAUCUUUGAAGGAAUCUCCGAACUUAGAGCAGGUGAGAUCAUUCUUCUGGACUGAUUCAUCUACCGUUUUAGCUUGGAUAAAGAGACCAGAUCAAUGGUCGGUUUUUGUGAGAAACAGAGUCAAUGAGAUUAGGAAACUAACAGAAGCAGACAAUUGGUUCCACAUAAUUGGCCGUGAAAAUAUUGCGGACUUACUGUCAAGAGGAUGUGGAGUGAAACAGUUACUGAAAUCAUCCUGGUGGUUAGGCCCUUCAUGGUUAAAACAAACUGAAGAUGACUGGCCUAAAUCUUCGGUUAAUAUGAAUGAAGAAGAAAUUGAAAAGGAGAAACUCAGAGUGGCAGUCUCUGCAAAUAACAGCGAAGUAUUUUCCAUAGCAGUUUAUUUUGCUGAAAGACACUCAAAAUUUUCGAAAAUAGUAAGAAUUCUAGCAUGGAUACUACGCUUUCGUCCAAAAGCUAAGAACUCUCAAAAGCUGGAAAAAAUUACCGGGGACGAAGUUACUAAUUCUGAGGAGACUCUUUUUCGCUGCAUUCAAAGGGAAAGCUUUAUCAAUGAGAAUUCCAAGAAAACACUUCAAGGUUUACAAGUCUAUGAAGAUAAUGACGGAAUUUUGAGAAUGAAGUCCCGAAUAUUUAAUGAAACUGAGACAGAACAAUUUUCAUUUCCCAUUAUUCUACCUUCAAAGCAUCCAUUGGUUAAAAGAAUUAUUGAAGAACAACAUAUCUUGAACAAACAUGCAGGACCACUGAUAUUAUUAACAAUUCUGAGAGAAAGAUUUUGGAUUGUAAAAGGACGAAAGACUGUUCAUUCGGUUGUAAGAGAUUGUGUUAUUUGCAAGAGGCAAAGAAUUAAACAUCUGGUGGCUCCUCUGCCACCUCUUCCUUCCCAUAGAAUAGAAUUGUCUGCUACAUUUCAAGUUACAGGGGUGGAUCUGGCAGGUCCCCUUUUUACGAAGUCAGGAAGCAAAAUUUGGAUUGUGAUAUUUACUUGUGCGGUUUACAGAUGUGUUCAUUUGGAGUUGGUGGAAUCAAUUAGUACUACAGCGUUCAUCUACGUUAUGAGAAGAUUUAUUGCAAGACGUGGAAGAAUUUCUGUAGUUUAUUCCGAUAAUGGGACGAACUUUGUUGGAUUAGAUAAAUCUCUAAAUAAAUUAGACUGGGACAAGAUACAGAAAGAAUUUGAAGUUUCUCAAAUCAAAUGGAAGUUUAAUCCUCCAUCGGCCCCAUGGUGGGGAGGGUUUUGGGAAAGUCUAAUAAAAAUUCUCAAGAACCUUCUCCGAAAGAAUUUAGGACGUUCUUCCUUAAAUUAUGAAGAACUUCUAACAUUAGUUUGCGAAUGCGAAGCAGUAAUGAACAAUAGACCUAUAACAUAUGUCUCAGAGGAUCCAGAACUUAAAACAUUAACCCCAGCAAUGUUUCUACGCAAUCUACCUAUGACAGAUACACCUGACUUGGACAGCAUAGAAAGAACAUCCCUAAAUAAAAGAUUAAAUUAUUUACAAACUGUUCGCGAUCAUCUUAGAAAAAGAUUUAGAGUUGAGUAUCUUGGUUUUCUUCGCUCGAAAUCCACGAAAAUUCAUGAUUUGAUAGCAGUGGGAGACAUUGUCCUGAUCGGUAGCGAAGAUAAGAAGCGUCUGGACUGGCCCCUGGGAAAAGUAGUUCAGCUUUUCCCAGGAAAAGAUAAUGUCGUACGAUUAGUACAUCUGAAGACUGCAAAGGGCUUUGUGAUGAGGCCAAUACAGAGACUGUAUCCUCUUGAACUUAGAGAGAAUGACAGGUCAGACCUUCCUGUGUUCAUCCAACAAGAGCCAAGAAAUAUUCCAAUCUGUGCUGAGACUGUGAGGGACAGUGACUCUGGUGAUGCACCCGUCACUGCACCGUCAUAG